CUGAGGUCCACUUAAAUUUUAGAUCAGGACUUUAAAAAUAUCUUCUAAAUUUCAGCGACGGCUCUGUCACCGCAAACCGGAUAUCAUACGGAGGCCGCCAUUACAGAUGCCCAGAACGGAUGCGCAAGACACGUCAGCUAUAUAAAGAGCGAGAGUUCAGUUCUCUACCUAAAUCCGUAUUACAGGCUCAGCAUCACCGCGAGACUUCAAUGAUGGAGCGCGUCCAGCACAUCACCAAGUCGGCCAUGCGCCGCGCGUCCCAAAUCGAGGUGACUCCCCAGGCCAAGAGGAACCUGCAGGAGCUCUUCAUCAACUUCACCCUCCUCCUCAUCUGCUUGCUUCUCAUCUACAUCAUCGUCCUGCUGAGUAGCUGACGUGUGGAACGGGCGACCUUUACACUUCACUCAUCCACUUCAUGUGUGACUGCACGUCUCCCUACAGCUACUCCAAGCCCGACUUGGUGUACAGUGUAUUUCAGUUGAAGAAUGAGUAAGCCACAGUAUGCACCACCUAUCUGCAGUGUAGAGUUGGAAAGCUUGCACAAUUACAAUAUGUGCAAUGUGUCACGAUAACUUUAAAAAAAAAAAAAGAAAAAAAAAAGUGAAACUCACAGCUACUUUGGACUUCUAUCGGUUGGUUUUUGUCACAGUCCCGUCCUGAGAAGGAAAGAUGAAAUGGUCACUUGAUGCACGCUCUUAAAUAAAAAGUAACAAUGGCGUCACAGAGAA